UAUUGUAUGGACUCCUUGGUCUCCGCGCGUUUUAGGUGUUUUUAGCGGCCCUGCUCCUUCCGUGGGAAGGAUGCUUGUGUUGCAGUUGGAUUAGGAAAUUCCACCCGGCAGCGGUCAAUGUGGGUUGUACGUCUGUUGGUCAGAGUGUUCUUGCACAAGCUUGUGCGUAAAAGAGGUGACACACACUUGCCAUCCGCGGAGUGUAAAGAGGUCUGCUCCCAGCUUUUAGGUGGAGCUGUAAGAAGCUCCAAGUGGCAGCCGGGACCCCGGGACCCCGGGCGUGAGGCAAGAGGGGGUGCUGCCCACCUCGGAAUGAGCCAGGGAACGUGGGUUGCACACCUUUCCGGGUGCAGAGACCAAGCUCAUGAACAUGUGUGUUUAGUAGUAGGAUGGUCGAGCCACGCGUCCUCGGGUCAGCGACUGCGGCGAGCUCACGGCGCCCGUCGUAGGACUGCCGUUUACACACUUCCUGUGGGUCUCGUGGACCACGGAGCGUUUCCGGUGCCCGCUGGAGCCCGGGUCCGAGCCCCCGCCCGCUGGCUGGCCCCGCCCCGCCCUCGCCCCGCCCCUAGCCCGCCAGCCGCGCUCCGAAGAGCCGGGUGCCAGGCGCCCGGGGAGCAGGAGCGCUGUGCGCUGGUCGGGGGAGCUAGGCUGGCGCCUCCGCACCCCACUCCGCGCCGUCGUGCGCCGCCAUCCCGCGCCUUCCCCGCUCCGUGUGCCGUCGCUGCCCGGCCCUCCGGCCGCUCUCCCUCCCUCCCCUCCGUCCCGCCCCGUCCUGCCCGGGUUGCCGGGCUCCUGCCGGCCCCCUGCUGCCCGCGUUCCUAUGGACAGACGCACAGACACCUGCAGCUCCCAUUGCCCUUCUCGGACUCCUGGGUGCGUUGUUUGCUUUCUGGUGCCCAGCAGAGGACUGGUGGAUUGACUUCCCUUCUCUCACAUCCAUCCUGGAACGGAUCUGAGCCUUGGUUGACUCUGCCUGCCUCUAGCAAGGACAUGCGUGAUGGCAGAGGGGGAAGCUCUUAGUGCGCCACCUUGGUUAAUAGAAAGUGAAAGACACUGCUGAUCCUGUAACAUGGAGGACUGCCUUCAUACCUCAUCUGAGAAUCUGUCCAAAUUGGUCAGCUGGGCCCACAGCCACGGGACUAUUUGCAGCCUCAUUCCUAACCUGAAGCACUUGCUUUCGGAAGGUUCCCACGGGAACCUGACCGCAAUGUGGGGCUGCAGUGCCGGGCACGCUUAUCACUGGCCACUGACGGCUACUUGCAGAGCUGGGUCCCAGGAAAGGGUCUGUUUCCAGGAUAACAGAAGUUUUAACUCUGAUAGUCCCAGUAUAAUCGGAGUGCCCUCUGAGACACAAACUAGCCCAGUUGAAAGGUACCCUGGGAGACCGGUGAAAGCGAAGCUAGACUGUAAUCGGACCAGAGACUCUUGUGACUUCUCUUAUUGCAGUGAGCCCUCUGAGCUGGACGAAGCUGUUGAAGAGUAUGAAGAUGAAAACACCCUGUUUGACAUGGUUUGUGAGUCCUCUGUUACAGAUGAGGAUAGUGACUUUGAACCCCCACCCCAAAGGCCUCAAAGCAUUGCUCGAAAAAGGCCCGGAAUAGUCCCGUCUUCUCUCCAUUCAAGCUCCCAGGCUCAGAUGGUCGAUGAGUGCAGCAGUGAUGUCAUCAUCAAGAAAAUCAAACAAGAGAUUCCUGAAGAUUAUUACAUUGUGGCAAAUGCAGAGCUAACUGGAGGAGUAGACGGACCAGCCCUGUCGUUGACGCAGAUGGCCAAACCCAAGCCUCAGACUCACGCUGGUCCCUCCUGUGUCGGGGCUGCUAAGCUAAUUCCCCAUGUAACAUCUGCCCUCAGCACAGACCUGGACCCACAUGGUGUUUCUGCAUCCCCCUCUGUGAUGUCCAGACCAGUGGUCCAGAAGACCGCCAGGGCACCUCUGGCUUCACCAAACAGAGUGCCGUCCGGUGCGCAUGGCACCAACCAGCAGGUGGCCAUGCAGAUGCCUGUGAGCACAUCCCAUCCUAACAAACAGAUCAGCAUCCCUUUGUCUGCCCUGCAGCUGCCUGGACAGGAUGAGCAAGUUGCUUCCGAAGAUUUCCUGCCCCACCUGCCCAGCCAGGUCUCCUCCUGUGAGGUGGCCCUUUCUCCCUCAGUUAACACAGAGCCAGAAGUGAGCUCCAGUCAGCAGCAGCCCCAGGUGGCCCCAACCAUAACCACCGAGGCCAUGGCGCAGUGCAUACCAGACCAGGAUGAAAGAGCAGCUGAGCUCAGCAGGGAGCAGAAUGAGAAAACCAUCCGGAGCACGCAGACUGCGCUCCGCAAUUUCCGGGAGUUCCUCAUCUCCAAGUAUCCUUCGGAAACCAGAGAGAUUUAUGUCAUCCCUUGUAAAGAGUUGGAUGCCUACCUUGCCUCUUUCUUUGUGGAUGCCAGGCAGAAGGAUGGGUCCGAAUACGAACCCAAUAGCUUGGCCAAUUACCAGUGUGGACUGGAACGGUACCUCAAAGAACACAGGUAUGGCUACAGCAUCACCAGGGAUAAGGAGUUCAAGCGUUCUCAAGAGGCCCUGAAACAGAAGCAGAUUGAACUCCGCUGCAAAGGAAAAGGAAACAAACCCCACAAGUCCAUGAAGCUCACCUUUGCCGAUGAGCUCAUUCUGCGGAAAAGGGGGCUGCUAAGCCGCUAUAACCCCGAGGGUCUGCUCAACCUCGUCUGGCUCAACAACACCAAAGCUUUUGGGCACUGCACAGGCUUCCAUGGAUCUACCUUGAAGUGGGGCGAUAUCCGUCUCCGGGUCACAGAAACGGGGUUGGAGUACUUAGAGUGGAUGGGUCAAGACACCGGUGACCUGAAUGCCAAAACCAAGAGAGGGGGGACAGAUUCCCGUGUGUACGCCACCCAGCACGCCCCGCAGACGUGCCCCGUGCAGGACUAUAAGGAGUAUGCCCAGCGGCGGCCUCCUGCCAUGCGCUACGAGGAUGCCCCUUUCUACUUGUCCAUCAAGCCGGUCGUGAACUUGGCGGCUCUGCACUGGUACAACUGCCAGGCUCUGGGCAAGAACAAGCUGGCCAAGAUGGUGAAGACCAUGUGUGAGAAGGGCAACAUCCCCGGCAGGAAAACCAACUUCAGCGUGUAUCAGAGCUGCAGCACCUUGUCCGAGGCCCAGAGCAACCAGCUGGUGCUUAUCUGUAACAAUCUGAGCCAGCAGGCCGCCCAGUCGGUGGCGGGGCACUCCAACAGCGGCAACUUCAUUGUCUCUGCCUCCUACGACUCUUCCUCAGAUACUGCGUGACCAGGUCAGUGCAUUGUCCUGUAAGACAGUUUCCAGUGCCUCUCAUGUGAUUCUGGAAGUUUUGCACUGUCUGUAACAAAAACGUCAAACCCAUCUGUUCGUUCGGAUGACAUAGCUGCAUAAUUCAGUCUUCUGUAUUCAUGUAAGUGACUGGCUAUUGAAAACCAUAGACUAUAGCAGUUUAAAAAAAACAGUGUUUGAAGAGACUAGCGAUAUUUAGGAUAUUAAUCCAACAGACCUUAUACAUAAGAUUCCAUUUGUUGUCUUGGUUAGUAGGACUGGUUUGAAUAUGAUUCAUAAAUAUACAUCAGCUAUUUUAAAUGUAUGUUAUUUGAUUAUUGUUUUUCCCCAUGUCAAAUUUUCCCUGCGCUAAUUCACUCUUCCCUAUGUUAAAUCACUUACUGGUCUACAAAGGAGUAAUAUGAGGAGUCUCCAGCAUAGGUUGAGUCUCUUUGGUUUUUUAGUUAGGUCAUUGUGAGCUGAAAUCUUCAUUGCGCUCACUUGGCUUUGUUCUGCGAUGUAGCUUCCAGGGGCUCAGUGAAAUCAAGUGACUUCGCUGAGAGGAAGUGUACAGCCACAGCAGCAACAGUUGGAGCACCUAGUAUCUCAGUGAGGGUACAAAGAUGUAUAAAUAGCCCUUGCUCUCAAAGAACUUAAAAAAGAUACUGUAAUAAAAGUUACAUUUCAUUUUUGAGAGCCCAGCAAAAACAAAACAAAACUCUAUGCCAGUACUGUUUUGUUUAUUUUCCCAGACUUUGUACUCGUGCUAUUUAGCCAUUGGAUAUGUUGAUUUCCCAUAGAAUACAUAAUAUUGAUUUGAGUAUUUUGUGGAGAAUCUUCCACAGAGUCUGUUUUAAGAUGAUUGAUAAGGCAAAGCUGUUUUCCACACCAUCCAUUUGUUCGCAUAGGUGCACACACACAUAGGGAAGCACAGAUUGUCCUCACUGUCAUUUAUUGAGUUCAUACAAUGUACCAUAGUGAUAACUGCUUCUGUAAGUUGUUUCUCUUAAUUCUCACAACAGUCCUAUGAGAGUAGGUGUCGUUAUUGCUUAUCUCUGAAGUGAAGAAGUCCAGAGAAGUCAAAUGUGUUGCCCACACUCUUGUUAAUACUUAAGAGCAUCAGGAUCUGAAUCUAGAUCCUUUUCUCUCCUUUUCGGCUGUUCACAAAGUGAUUUGCUGUGCUUCUGUGGACCCUCCGAGGUAGUAAGUUAUCAAUGAAUUCCCCGGUGUGAUAAAACCCUCAGUAUUCGUUCAGCUGCGAACACGAGCAUUGCCAUCCCUAGCACUGUGUGCUAGAGGUGGCUUAGGCUCCAUUACCGUAGCUUUGUGAGACGGGAUGCUCAGGAGAGCUUGUUUGCCCCGGUCACUGGGAGAGAGCAGAAAUUUGUGUCACUCUCGAAAGAACCUUUUAUCGUGAAGAGGGUUGUGUACAUGCACGAGUAAUUUUAUCUUUAAAAGUGAUUAUUUGUUUUUAUCCCAAAUAAACCAAAAACCCAGUUUCAAGAAAGUUCCUUAUAGUUCAGAUGAGGAAUGGGGAGGUUGUAGACAGAGAGAGCACCUUUGAAGCCCAGAAGUGACAUUGCCCUUCACCAGAUGGUGAGGACGGGGUGACAGGCUACCAGGGAGUCUGGUCUUACCCAGAAAUUUGGUGCUAGCAAAUUAGCACUAUUUAGUAAAAUGUUUUGUUCUUAUUUUGUUUUUGUUCUUUUAAUCAAUUAUGAUUAUAUAACAACAUUUUUUGGCAGGGGAUUACUAGCCUCAUGAUUCUCAGAGUUGGAUUAACCGUGAAACCAUUAUGUUCUGGAGUUUGGCUAUCUCUACUGCUUUAUGUAUUAGACACCAACACUUCUGAUUUUAACCAGCCUUUUUUGGACUGCUUUUCUUUGUCUACGGCAAGGAUGUAUUUUAGUUUUUAUUUUUUGAGCCACAAUAAAGCUAUAAUACUUAGCAUCUAUAAAUAAGAACUCUCUGCCAUAUAAUGAAGGAAAUAAAUUUCCAGGCUUAGGAGGAAAAUCAUGGGGUAUGUUUGAUAAUUUAUUGCAGUAAAAUAAUUUUAAAGUGUUCAGUCAUGAAAAAGUUGUUAUAAAUACUCAAGAAUUAACAAGUUCUCAAUCAUUUUAAUAUAUUUUUUUAAGUAGGCACGAUAUACCUGCAUAUUCAGCAUAUGAUGUGCAAAUAGUUGCAAUACUUACUAAGAAGCCCCAUUGGCAAGGGCGUCCUCAUUUGUCUUUUGUUUUGUUUUAUUUUGUUUUGUUUCCUUGAUGCAUGGUAUUCAAACAUUGCUUCUUCCCUCUAAGAUCUGGCAGAGAUGAUGUGACUCGGUAGCUUUUUCUAAGGCAAAGUGAUGAAACUAGGAUGAUUGUUAAGAGGUCCUUGCCGUAGAACACACUGGGAUAAAGAAACCACUGCCUGUGUCAUCCCGUUGGCGUUGGGAGUAUUUCUGACGAUACAAAAACAGAAAAGAGGGAUGAUACUGGUAAACUGCCAGCAGUUCUGAUUUCGCUUUUCUGAACAGAGAAAGGUAAUCAAAAUAUCUUGCCAUCCAUCCUGUCUGUAAAUUCAUCAAUUGGGUCUGCGAAAGCUGAGGGAAAGACCGGGUGUGGUAUUGAAGAUUGCAUUAUUUUUUAAAAGAUAGCAUUUUAAUACAUUUAAAUUGAGGUUUUAUGUAAACCAUGACCUAGUUUCCUUAGACUCAGUACUGAUCAGAUCAGCAUGCUAAGUUAAUCAGAAAAUUAGGCCAGAGUAUUAGAAACAUCUAAACUAAUCCAGUCCUCUCUUUUACAGAAGAGGGAAACAGCCCCAAAGACAUUAGGGGAAUGCCCAGGUGCACACACCUCGUUAGAGUCAGAGCCAAGAGUAGAACCCAAGGGAACCCGGGCAUCCUGAGUUCCAGUCUGUAACUGGAGUUUAGGGGAGAAGAACAAGCUUACGUUUUCACUGAGCUGGAAGGGAUAUCCUUGUUUUCAAAAUUAUGAAGUGUUUUAAUCUUAAGUUUCUGUUAGAAGUACAUUCAAGCUGCCUGUUUUCAAAUACGCUUUUUUCUAUGUGUAUUUUCACUUUUCAUUGUGUAGUGUUGUAUCUUGGUUUUAGCAACUUCUUUGGAAAAUUAAUGGGGUAAUAAUCUCUAAAUGUAAUCAUUUACCUUUUUAUUUUAACAAACAUCUCUUACCGUGCCCCAUUUAUAUUUAGUUCUUAUUUAUGGAGAGGAAACAAGCUACAGUUUUCAGUAAUAUGAAUUUGAUAAUUAGCAUAAUCUGUAAUGAUUAUAAACUAAAAAGCAAGUUUUUAAAAAUUGCAGUAUUCAUUUGCAUGUCCAGCUCUGUAGCAUCUGUAUCAUUGGUUUAGAAUGCAGUCUGCACUGCCCUCUUUUCAUCCAUGAAAAGGUUUAAAGAUCAUCUUAAAGGUUUGGGACAGAUCUUCAGUCAAAAUGAUCAAAUCUCAACAUAAUUAGAAUGUUUCUGAAGUGAAUUUAUUUUAAAAUUAGGAAAGGGAAAGAAAAUGGGAGCCAUGAAAGAGACCUACGCAGAGCAGGAAGAUGUAGAAAUACAAAAUAUUUAUAAAUGCUCCUACUAACCUGCUUACUCCCCUAACAGGGAAUCCAAAGCAUAAAUACAAAAAAUAUCCUACAAAAUUUUAUUUUACAAGUUAUAUUUACUAAAUCAUAGUUGAAGGGAAAAGAUGAAAUUCCAGGUGGUUAAAAAAGUACAAUGGAAUUUUGCCUUUUGAAUGCAACGUUGAAUUUUGCUCAGCCUUCUAAUGUUCUUUAUAUUACACUGGAAUUAAUUAGACAGCGUUUUUAUCAUUUUACAUUCAUUUCAAGGGCCUUUGAAAAUGCUUGGUGUAAUGUAUUUAUUUGUGGUUGGUAGAAUUAGAAAGACGUCAGCAAUAUGUGACCCUAACAGCAACGUGCAUCCUGUAUUAAGUGAUUUUUAUGCCUGUUUACGUUCUGUAAUCCUUCUAUUUUACAACUCAGAUAUCUUAGUAUACUGCCACUAGGAAUUAAUUUAUAAUGAUUAUUUAUACUGGAUGAAGCAGCAGGUCCAUUUAGUAUGAAUCCACUCAGAUCAACUUGAUCCAACUGAACUUUUAUAUCUACAGUCCAUUAUAUUACAACUUUUUAAAUAGCAUUUAUAACAAAAAAAACUUUUGUUUUAUAAAAUAUUUGUUACAAAAAAAAACCUUGCCAAAAACCAUCACAAUUUCUAUGCAUUGUGUAAUAUUCGGUGAUGUCUUUGUUGAGAUUUUGCAUGUCCUAAUAGGGUGCUCUUUCAUGUGUGUGUUAGUGGUGUUUAUGUGGAAUUGUUCAUCAUUGCUGCUAUCACUUAUUGUAGUUAAACUGAAAACCUGUGCUUACGGGGCUGUGCCAGUGGACAUUUUCUGUGUGACCUGUGAAAGUCUGUACUUAGUGGUUUAAUAUUUUGAGCCAGCACUUAGUGGCCUCUGCAAAAGGAGAUGUCGUAGUUGUCAAGUGGUGCCAACUUCAAAAUCGUGUUUCAUGUGUAGAAUUCCAGGUUAGCUCUUCUUUACCCCCAGCUCUUUGAGCGGGAAAUGUUUGCAAAAAGAAAAAGCAAGAAUUCUGAACUCUUUUAGCACUCCCCUACCCCAGCUUAAAUUCUUUUUCUUCCCCUGAUACUUGAGCACCUUACAGAGAAAUCCAAUAGAAUGAUAGUAUAGCAGCAAAGUUUCCCUUGAUCUGGAUAUUUUUUGGUUGAACAAUAAAAUAACGCAGGACUCUAAGGUGCAUACAUUAGUUUUGUUGGUUAUCAUAACUUACUGUUGCAAUUGCAUUUAAUGAGAAUAUUUGGUUUUUAAAUUUUAUUUAUAAGUGACCAUGGAAGCCUCAGUGUUCCCAAAUAUUAACUUUUAUAUUCAGCAUUUAUUUGUGUGGACUUAUUUAAUAUAUUCUGUUGCCUCCCAUCACAAUUUUUUAUGCCCAUUUGUCUUCAUGUUGUCUCAGCAAUUUCAUACAAGCUCUGAAAAGGAAGAGAAGCAAUUCCAGUGGAUUAAUUCUAUUAUACUACUUGUUAAAAGUCAGCAUGGGGGAAAAACCGUUAUACUUUUUUAUACAUUUAUAGUCCUAAAAUGGAAGAGAAACUACCAUGAAAAUGUUAGGAAGUCUACUUCCUUAAUACCCAUUUUCACACCCACAUGCCGAACUCCCUCCGUCAGUGCAGUGUCUCCUUCUGUCUGGUCAGUGGGUUUGUAACUGGGAGACCCCUUUAAUAGAGGGGUAACCUCCUGGACUGUUCGGAGGCUCUUUGUGUGACUGUCAGAUACAUGGCGACAGCCAGUGCUGUUUGGAGACACUGCUGCUGAAAUUGCCGAUUCAACUCUGAGAAUGCAAAAAAUAGUUCUUGAAGGCCCCUGCUACUUCUUUGCAUAAAGGAAAAGAAAGGCAGAUUUCGGCUGGGAGCCUUCUCUCCAGGAUAUGCUUUAAACCUUUGCCGGUCCAGGGAGGUAGUAAAGCAAUGAAAGGAAGUUCAGUUACGCGUGUUCUGAAGAUGUUCUGCCCUUGGUCGGUGGCCUGCAGAGUAACUCUGAAGUAUUUCUUGAUUCCUGCGUUGGGGGUUUUCAGGCAAGGCCUUUGUUCUUAGAAUUCCUUUUAUAUUUUGGACACCAAAGAUUAUGGCAAUGUAUCCUGAUGGUUAACAUUCACAGUUCCCGUUAGUUAGCUGUGGGCACGUUUAUUUGAAUCCUCUUAGUUUUAUUUACCCCUUUUCUGUCUUCUGUACAUUUUAUAUGACUGUCCUGAGACCUUUAUGCCUAUACAUGGGCUACUUUUGAAUCAAGUAAUACAUACAUAUUUGUUAAUUUUCCAAUUUUAUAGGGUUAUGUUUCCACCGUGACUUUAAGCUUUUCCUCACUGCUAACAUUAGACAUAGAUUUGCCCCAUGGUGAGCAAUAACUUGUACCUUUUUCGCUGUAAUCUGAAAAUGUAACUAAUCCUGUAGGCUGAGACCUGGUGAGAGAAUGACUGGAAGAGUUUUGGAUUCAACAGAAUCACUAUAUAACUCAUUUAUUUGGUGGUUUAGUAGAAUGAAUGCUGUAUUCAACUUCAAUAAGGUCUUCCAUCUUUCGUACAAAUUUUAAGAAUGAUUUAAAAAUUCCUUUUAGUCUACCACUUGGAAGUUCAUUGGGAAUACAAAUUAUACCAAUUUAGUAUAACAUGAUCCCAGGCACCUGUUUGGAAAUAUAACCACACAAUACCUAGAAAACUUUUGUGAACAUUGAACUGUUCUUUGAAGAUGCAUUCACUUUGUCCCCUAUUUGAUAGAGAUCAUUUUUGAUACAUUUUCUGACCACUAGGCUUUUAAGUGAUAUUACAUGAAAAAGCACAUGUGUGCCUAUUCACUCUAAUAUUUAAAAUUUUUCUUCUUAAGCUGCUACAUUUAUAAUUUGUGAAAGAAAGAGAAAGGUGAAUUCAAAUGGAGAGAAAUUUCUGUUAAUAUGUUCAAAUGUGUGACUGUGAUACUCUUGGUUAAUUAAUUAUUCUGCCAGUUGAUAUUUGUAAUAUAAUACAACUUUUUUGUUAAUAAGUGUAUAUUCUCGGUUUCAUUUUAUUUUUCGGCUCACUGAUCUUUUCCUCUAAAAUGUUUUCAUCUUUUAUCAGCUCACUGUUUUUGCUUCGUAUUUGUCUGUGUACUUGUGCGCUAAAUAAACUUCUAGUUUUGUGUCCCGGUGGCUUGUUCCUUGUGUGUGCGGUGUUUGCCUACAGUGUAAUAGUGUGAUUUUCUAUCAUGUUCCGUAUUUCCCGGUGCAGCCUAACCUUAUGGAAAUAAGAAAUACAAUCCAAUAAAAUCAGCUAAUGUCUCUAUCACAGUAUUUUAUCUGUAUUUGGGUAUGAUUAGUCUUCAUUUAAUAAAUGGUUUUCUGCAAUGCUGGCUGACUUUUGUAGCUACAGCAGUUUAAAAGCAAUUUAAACCACGUCAUGCAAAACAGAAUUGUCCUGUUCAGUGUGCAUCAACCCACAGAGUUAAUACAUAUUAAGCAGAGCAUUCCAUGUCCAGUGUUUCUGGCUGUCGAGGAGCGGAAGCUGUGGAGAGAGAAGCAUUUCUAUGUGUGGGGACGUGGAAGCAGCCCAUGGGGCAGGGAAGACACUUCAGGAGGGCAGCUACAACUGAACUCAUCACAUGCUCCUGGAGCCCCGGUCCCCCAAACCCUGUGUUGGGGCAAAAGUCUCUACUCAGAUUCACCCUCUGUCUUUCUGUCGGUGGAGCUCUGUUGGCCAAUGGUGCGAAGUGAUACCAAGCUAAGCAGAUGUCUGCUUCCAGACUUCCUCAUUCUUAGGAAAAAUCUUUUGGUCGGAUAGAAUUCUUCCUAUGUUCUUCGUUGCAUUUAGCACAUUUGACAAUGUUCUGUGAGCAGAAUACGAUUGGUUAUUCAAAAGGAUUAUAAUAAUUAACUUCAGACGUCUUUGUUGUAUCACUAAAAUUAUUUAGUAAAGAAAAGCAUAUUAAAGCACUGGAAAACAUAAUGUUCUCUUUGACAAAAAUGCAAGUGUAAUUCUUGUAGAUGUAUGAAUA